UUAAUAACAAUUCCUUAUAAUAAAUCCGCCAACACUUUACCAAUUAUCAGUAAUUUCUGCAGAGAAGUGGUGUACUGUCUAGGUAAACUGUUUGACUUAGACUGUUUUUUUUUAUUACAUCAUCAAAAUAGGAGUAAGACACAGUAAGAAGAUUUGUUUACCAAGUGAAUUCAAGAUUCGAUACAUUACUAUAGCAUUCCUAAGAUCACUCAACUAUGACAUCAAACUCAUAUAACUGUUAUAAGUACCUGUACCUACACGGCUUUGCAUCCGGUAGCGGAUCGAGUAAAGGUCUUCUACUAAACAAGUUCUUCAAAGAGCAACUACAAAAUGUUGAGCUGCAUUUGCCGGAUCUGAAUAUACCAUCGUUCGAGAAACUAAGCGUAUCGGAAAUUGUUAAGCAUUUGAAAAGCGAAAUGCUGAACAACACACAACAGUACCGACUGAUUGGUAGUUCAUUGGGUGGACUGGUUGCAGCAACAUUAGCGUCCGAGUUCAAGGAUUGUUCAAAAAUUCAAAGUUUAAUUUUAUUGUGCCCUGCAUUAGACGCUUCCAAUCGAUGGAAAGCUAAGAUGGCCGAUACCAAGACGGAACAGCAGUUACAUUAUGGUUUUUAUGAAGAUUUAAUGAAGCAAGUACAAUAUCCACUGGUCGAUGUACCCCUUACAAUAGUCCAUGGCACUAACGAUGACAUCGUUCCGAUCAACGUUAGUCGCACUUACAUUGAACUGUUACAACAGAACGGCUGGAACAAUGAAAUGAUUGAAGUCAAUGACGAUCAUCUGUUAAUGAAAACUGACAGUAUCGACGUAAUUAAGAACGUAAUAAGUAAACAAUGGUUCAAUGAGUAACAAGUGAAAUUUUGUGAAUGGACAUUGUACAAUGGGUGAUCCUCAAUAUAACUAUGAU